AUGGCUUCUGAAGAUUCUAUCUCCUCGAACCCUCUGUUGCAGAAUUUCGAGUUUCCUCCGUUUGACAUCGUCGAUGCUCAUCACGUCAGACCAGGGAUUCGUGCUCUGUUGCAACAGCUCGAAGCUGAAUUGGAGCAGCUAGAGAAAACUGUGGAGCCUUCAUGGCCAAAACUAGUGGAGCCAUUAGAGAAGAUUAUUGAUCGUUUGUCUGUUGUUUGGGGAAUGAUUAAUCACCUUAAGGCUGUUAAGGACACACCCGAGCUUCGUGCUGCCAUUGAAGAAGUUCAGCCAGAGAAGGUGAAGUUUCAGCUAAGGUUGGGGCAGAGCAAAUCCAUUUACAAUGCAUUUAAGUUUGUUCGAGAAUCUCCAGACUGGAAAACACUAAGUGAAGCUCGUCAACGAUUAGUUGAAGCACAAAUAAAGGAGGCGGUUCUCAUUGGUAUUGCUCUUGAAGACGACAAGAGAGAGGAAUUUAACAAAAUUGAACAGGAACUUGAAAAACUUUCCCAUAAAUUUUCUGAGAAUGUUUUGGACGCUACAAAGAAGUUUGAAAAGUUGAUAACAGACAAGAUUGAGAUUGAGGGGUUGCCGCCAUCUGCACUUGGACUGUUCGCACAAGCUGCUGUUUCCAAGGGCCAUGAAAAUGCAACUGCUGACACUGGACCAUGGCUCAUUACACUGGACGCUCCUAGCUAUCUACCCGUCAUGCAACAUGCCAAAAAUCGUUCUCUGCGCGAGGAGGUCUACCGUGCUUACUUAUCUCGUGCCUCUUCGGGUGAUUUAGAUAACACAGCAAUUAUCGACCAAAUCUUGAAGCUUCGAUUGGAAAAGGCUAAGCUUCUUGGUUACAGAAAUUACGCUGAGGUAAGCAUGGCCACGAAAAUGGCUACUGUAGAGAAAGCAGACGAGCUACUAGAAAAGCUUCGUAUUGCUUCUUGGGAUCCCGCUGUUCAAGACUUAGAAGACCUUAAGAAUUUUGCAAAGAACCAAGGUGCUGCAGAAGCUGACAGUUUGACUCACUGGGACAUCACUUUCUGGAGUGAGAGGCUCCGUGAAUCCAAAUACGAUAUUAAUGAGGAAGAACUGCGACCUUACUUCUCACUGCCAAAGGUUAUGGAUGCGCUUUUCGGUUUAGCUAAGACACUAUUUGGAAUUGAUGUUGUGCCAGCAGAUGGUGUAGCUCCGGUCUGGAACAGUGACGUUAGGUUCUACUGCGUCAAAGAUUCUUCUGGAAAUCCAAUUGCUUAUUUCUACUUUGAUCCAUACUCUCGUCCUUCAGAAAAGAGAGACGGCGCUUGGAUGGAUGAAGUUUUCUCCCGCAGCAGAGUCAUGGCCCAGAAAGGUUCCUCCGUUAGGCUACCUGUUGCGCACAUGGUGUGCAAUCAAACUCCACCAGUUGGGGACAAGCCAAGCCUUAUGACAUUCCGUGAGGUAGAGACUGUGUUCCAUGAAUUUGGCCAUGCUCUUCAGCAUAUGCUUACCAAAGAGGAUGAGGGGCUCGUUGCUGGUAUCCGAAAUAUCGAGUGGGAUGCAGUUGAAUUACCUUCACAGUUUAUGGAGAACUGGUGCUACCACAGGGAUACCUUAAUGAGCAUUGCUAAGCAUUAUCAAACGGGAGAAACUCUUCCCGAGAAUGUAUACAAGAAGCUACUGGCUGCAAGAACAUUCCGUGCAGGGUCCCUUAGUCUUCGUCAGUUGAAGUUUGCUACAGUUGAUUUGGAGCUGCACACAAAAUAUACGCCAGGUGGGACAGAGUCUAUCUACGAUGUUGAUCAAAGGGUAUCUAUAAAAACCCAAGUGAUCCCUCCCCUUCCUGAGGACAGAUUUCUCUGUAGCUUCAGCCAUAUAUUUGCAGGCGGUUAUGCAGCUGGAUAUUACAGUUACAAGUGGGCGGAGGUUUUGUCUGCGGAUGCGUUUUCUGCUUUUGAAGAUGCUGGAUUGGAUGACAUAAAGGCUGUUAAAGAAACAGGACAGAGAUUCAGAAACACCAUCCUUGCUCUGGGAGGAGGAAAAGCGCCUCUACAAGUGUUUGUGGAAUUCAGAGGACGAGAACCUUCCCCUGAGCCUCUGCUCAGACACAAUGGUCUCUUGGCUGCUUCUGCUUGA